GGUCAGAGGGAGGGGCCUGCUUGCCAAGGUGUGCUGGCUUGGGGUGUCCUGGGCUGUGUCCUGAUGGGGUCUCUGUGGGGGUCUCUGUCUGCCGAGCCCUUCUUCCCCGAGGCCUCUCCCUGGAAGCAGGCUUUCCUGGUGAGCCUGCCCUUGCUGCUGCUCCUGCUCCUGGGGGCUUCCUGCUACACCUGGAGAGAACAUUCCACACAGCUGCGGGAGCUACAGAAACAGAGGAAUCUGCGCUGGGCUAAGGAGGAGGCCCUGAAGGACACAGAUGAGCUCCAGGUUAUUCUAGAACGAAGGAAGGCAGCUUACUUGGCUGGUGAGUGAUGCUCCAGGUGUCCUCGAUCUCCUCUCCUUCCUGUGCCCUCCGUCUCCUUUUUUGUCUCAGCACAGACAUGUUGUAAAGGGUCAGGAAUGGACACAGUGCAGGUUUUCUGAUCCCAUGCAGACCAGGUAAAGGAGGAGUCAGAGUCCUCAGUGGUUUUGCAGGUUUUUAUUGGGGUUCAGCGGGUACGUAGCAGGCAGGGGUGCUGGGGGGCUGGGAGGCUGGCAGUCCUCCCAGCCUCCAGCAUAUCCGCACUCUCUGGGCU